AUGAAGGUGCCUGAAAUUAUAAGCUCCAUUCGACAGGCUGGAAAAAUAGCUCGUCAAGAAGAGUUUCAGAAUAAUCUUUCUGAUGUUGAAGACCCUUUUGCCAAAAAGUUUGAGGUGCUCUUCUGUGGACGAGUGACAGUAGCACAUAAAAAUGCACCCCCAGCACUCAUAGAUGAAUGCAUCGAGAAGUUUAAUCAUGCAAGUGGUGCAAAAAAAUCAGACUUCAACUCGUUUUCCCAACGACAUGAAACUACCAGUAACUCAGGAGGCUUCUCUUUCAGCGACAAAUUUCGGUCUGUCUUUCAUCCCUUGGUCGGUGAAGAGGAGGAAAAAAGGCCAAUGAGAAAAUCCUUUUCUCAGCCUGGGCUUCGUUCUUUUGCUUUUAAGAAGGAAAUGCAGGAGGGAAGCCAUAGGAGUAACAGCUUCGUCAGGUCUUUUGAGGAAGAUGCAAUUUCGUUGAACCUAAAAAGUCAACUUAUCUAUGGACACAGUGUUGUGCAGCCCACGGACAUUGCAGAAAACCGGACGAUGUUGUUUACGAUUGGCCAGUCUGAAGUUUACCUUAUCAGUCCUGACACAAAAAAAGUAGCAAUUGAAAAAAGCUUUAAAGAAAUAUCCUUUUGUUCUCAGGUAAGUUGCCAGUGUGUUCAUUUUUCUAAGUAUUCUUGAC